UCAACACACGGAUGGGAGGGAGCUGAUCAACACACCGGCUGGCCGACGUGGAAGUGGGAUCAAACAGACACACGUGUGUGGCAGCAUGGCAUGCUGGUUUUCUUGUGCUCUCUGUGGCUUACACUCUGGCGAGCGAAGCGAUGGGCGGCGAACUGAGUCAGUCAGCAGUGCCACCGCUGAACCCAACUGCAUCCACAGCCCGUGUAGAUCCGCAUCUGCCGAUGGUGCUCUCUGUCGAUUGACAUCCGUGGCUGCAUCCCGACCUAUCCUCAACGAACAAAUCUCCGGGCAGAUCACUGCAGAUCUCAAAGGUGCGAGCUUGUGAUCCGUUGCAGCGCGCAGUGGCCUUUUGGCACCUCCCAUGCCCUUCCCCGCGUCCAUACCUUGCGCUAGUCUACGUCCCAU